AGAAGGGACAGAACGCUUAAUGACCGAGCCCAUAGAGGUGGAUAUAAGGCAAUAACAAUAAAAACGACCUGAUUUAUCAGGUGGUUAAAAAGCGCGAGACUGGCAGGAGCUCCAGAAGAGACAAAGUGAUGCUUCAGCACGUUGGACAGCUUCUCUCCGGAACAGGAUUCCUCAAGAUCCUCACGUCACCUCACCACCAGUAAAUUUCCCAAAGAUUAUAUUCGAGAAUCUGACUCCCAGGAUGCCAGGGAACCUUUCAGCGCGGGUUUCCACACCUGCGUAUCCUCUCCUCAACAGCUCUGUCCUCUCUCCGUUGAACGCCACCUUUCCACGCUGGGAAGCACCAGCCUUCACUGUAGCCGCCCGCUGCCGCGUAGCUGCCACUCUGGUGCUCUUCGUCUUUGCUGCUCUCAGCAACCUGUCAGUCUUGAUCAGUGUGUGCUGGGGUCGGGGUUAUCGCCUCGCGGCACACCUGCGCCCGAUCGUCGCCAGCUUGGCGUCGGCCGAUUUGGUGAUGACGUUCGUGGUGAUGCCACUGGAUGCCGUUUGGAAUAUUACGGUGCAGUGGUAUGCUGGGGACAUCAUGUGCAAGGUGUUGUGUUUCCUGAAACUCUUUGCCAUGCAUUCGGCAGCGUUCAUACUGGUGGUGGUGAGCCUGGACCGAUAUCGUGCCAUUCUUCAUCCUCUGGAUUCCCUGGAUGCCGGGCUGAGGAAUAAACGCAUGCUGCUGGUAGCCUGGACACUGAGCUUGUUGCUGGCAUCUCCACAGCUGUUCAUCUUUCGGGCCAUUAAGGCAGAUGGAGCCGACUUCACUCAGUGUGUGACCCACGGGAGUUUCCGGCAUCGCUGGCAGGAGACGGCAUACAACAUGUUUCACUUUGUGACAUUGUAUGUCUUUCCUCUGCUUGUCAUGACCUUCUGCUACACAAGCAUCCUCACCAAGAUCACUGGGCAGAUGCGCAAGAGCAAAGAUGGUGAGCGAUGCCUGCGACGUAGUGGAAAAGACAAGAUUCCCAAAGCACGUAUGAAGACCCUCAAGAUGACCAUAGUGAUUGUCAGUUCCUUCGUCAUCUGUUGGACCCCCUACUACAUUCUGGGGAUCUGGUACUGGUUCCAGCCAGCCAUGAUCAAGCACACUCCUGAGUAUGUGCACCACAUACUGUUUGUCUUCGGCAACCUCAAUACAUGCUGCGACCCUAUCAUCUACGGCUUCUACACGACCUCCUUCCGGGCCGACCUGGCCGAUGUGAUGGCGUGCUGCCGCCACAGACGCACCAGCAACGACUCGCCGCGCUCCGUCGAUCGCCUUUCAGCGAGGAGCGCUGGAGCUGCUGGGGAGAUGGAGUCGGACCUGAGCUCCAACCCACACAGCGGUAACCCAGGAUACGCAGAGUCUUAACUAAGAUUUUGAUGUGCGGUUACCUCUAACGUAGCUUAUGGAAUACUCAAGGGAAGACCGUGAGUAUUAUGGAACUGUUUUAAGAUGAAGAAGAUCUUCGCUACUGUUAACCACCCAAAUAAAUUCUUAGAUACUUCCGAAUAUGCUGCAACAUCCAUGUCUACCCAGUUAAAUGAAUGUACACUGUGUGAGCCACAGUAUUUAACACCAGACUGUAGAAGUGUUCUGUGAGGAUGCAAUGUGUAGCAUGAAUUUGUUAAGGUAGAGAUGGAUGAAAUGUACAUUCCUCUGACUCCUUCUAUGCCAUUGCAUCUACUUGCGCUGGUUCCAUGAUCCACAUUGCGCCGUGCAAUUCAUGGGCACUGUCUGUGGAGGGCAUCAGUAGGAGGAUAGGUUCAUAAUACGUGAUGUCCAACGGAAGAGAAAACACAACGCCUAGUUUUACUACUACUAUUUCCUUUUUGGAAUUUUGCACCAACCCAAAUUGUAUACCCGACGCAACCGUCAAACACUCACAGCCUCUGUUUAAAAGUACACUUACAGCAAUAUCCUGACUACUGAUAUGGGUUUUUAAUGUUGUUUUUUUUUGGGGGGACUUUUCUGCUGUUUGUGGGCAUGAAGCACAUUUCAUAUCGUCGUUGUGAAGAGCACUUACCAAGAGGCCAAUCGGAUUGCUCUGAUGUCAUCAAUAUGCUGCUAACGGCCUCAAGGGGACAUAUUUGCAUUUUACCUGUGUUAUGCUGUGAUAGAAGCGCUGUAGUUUGAAAUUCAUCUCUUUUGCAUUUCAGCUCAGUGACAGCAAUUUUAUUAAAAAAAAAAAUAAAUAAAAAAAAAAUACAUUUCUGGUUUAUAAGAAGACUAUGCUUCGAUUACGGUGUACAUGCUAUCAUUCCUGUGAUAUUCACUUGAUUAGGUUCCUAUUGGAAAACUCAUCUUAACCAUAUACACAUAUUUACAUGCAGCUGAAUCAGUCGAGCCUAAAAUUCACAACAGUGCUUUCGUCCUCCAUAUAACGAGGCAGUAAAAAGGCUUUUAUUUUGCAAUGUGUCAUCUGAAAGCUAUAUCGUCUUUUGUCCAAAGUAAAUGAUAUGGUGGUUUAGUUUGAGUUUGAUAUAUAAUUACAAAGACUGCAAUGUACACAUAGUAAUACAGUUCUGCCAAAGAAAUGUUUAAAAGGCUUGUUCUGUCAGCGGUUGCCAGGAUCUGGCCUGUCUUAAAAAUGGUACGUCAAGCACACGUUCGUGAUCACAGACAUGAAGUACACUUGGCAUUCUUUCAGAAUGAAUGUUCUUUCCCCCAUUAUGAAGAUUUCUAUAACAAUUUCUAUAACCUUGCAUGAUUGUGAAAAAACUGAAUGUGACAUGUGAUGUGCAAAGUAACACACACGGGUCACGAGUCAGUGUUAAACUCAGUGGUUCUUGUGUUGAGCAAGAUAUAACCUGUUGUGCAUAUGUGCAUAGACAGUACGGUACUUGUAUUCUCAAAAUGCUGUAUGUGGAAUUUAUAUUUUGCCGAAUAAGACUAUUUAAUCAAAUCAAAUACAGUGCUCAAUAAAAGUGAUGUCAAACUGGUUAUGAAAGAAGGUAUGAUUCUUGCAGCCUGGUUUGAAGGUUGAUCAACUUCCUCUAUAAUUACUACACCCAAAAUACUGUUUGUACAUCUUUUAUGAGCAUUUUUACAACUCAAAGCGAAAUGACUUUGAAUUGAAUUACAACUGAAAUUAUACCUAACUCAGAAACCGAAGCUUAAACGAUAUUGAAGGGUGAACCUA